AUGCUCUGCGCCGGUAUCCAUGGUUCUAUUCAACUCGAUGGGGCCGCUAUUGUACAGUUGCCAAGCUCCGUCGAACACACACAAUCAACGGUGGAUUUGCGACACAACGACGAGCUUUGCACUCAAAUUGUUGGUUGUACACGUGCUUUAUAUCGAGGAGAUAAAGAUUAUCAUCGUAAUGAUUACGAAAUGAGAAAUUUCAAUGAGGUUUAA